AUGAAGACAUUUGUAGACAAUGUCUGCCGUCAGGUUGUAGAACAUCAUAUUGUACGCAACCUCCGCCACCUCUUCACGCCCACAGAUGUUCUAGCAUUCUCAGAUGAGAAGGUCGAGCUCAUCACUUCAGAGCCAAACAGCAGACAGGACAGGCGAAAAGAGUUGAAGAUCCUUGAAAAACAUUUAGAGGAAAGCUUCUUUGAACUCCGCAGUUAG